AUGGCAUAUAUAUAUUCCAACUUAUCAGACUUUUGGACUUCUGAUGAGGAUAUAGAAGAUGAAGAAGAAGAGGAAGAAGAAGAAGAAGAAGAUGAUGAUGAAGAUGAAGAUGAAGAUGACGAAGAAAAAAAAAAGAACAAAAUAAAUGAAGAAAAUAAUGAGUUUUAUAGUUACGAUAUUAAAUAUAACAAUGAAAAUACUUUUGAAAAAAGAGAAAAUAUGAAAGAAAAUGAUAUGCUUAUUAAUGGUACAUUUAAUACUAUAAAUGAAGGAUUCAAUUUUAAUGUAAAAGAGUUAUUGAAUGAUAGAAAUGAUUUAUCUGAUAAUUUUUCUAUUAGUAAUAUUUUACAAAAUUAUGAUGUUAAUGAUUUUAUUUUUAAUGAUUCUUUAUUAAAUUAUUGUGACACUGGUGUGGCGAUAAAUGAUGAAACUCCAUGUAAUGAAAAGCUAAUCAUGAAUGAAAAUUUUAAUUUUAAGCAUUCUAAUUCUUUUGAUUACGUAAAUCCACCAAAUCAUAGUUCAAAAAUAAUUAAUGAAAUGAAAAAUCUAGACAUAAGUGAAUCUAAUAAUAAUAAAGUAAAUGAAGAAAUAAUAACAGAUAAAUUAAACGAAAUAAAUUUAUGUAACGAAAAUUAUACAAAAUUAGAAGAGUGUAAUUAUGAAUCAAAUAAAUUAAAUGAUGAAGAGAAUUUAAAAUUAAGUGAGGAAGAUAAUUUAAAUAAAGAAAAUUUAAAAUUAAUGGAUGAAAUCAAUAUAAAAAGAAAUGAAGAAAAAGCCAAAGUAAAAUAUAUUAGAAAAAAAUGGGUAAUAGAAGACAAUUAUUCUGAUGUUUCCAAUUUUUGUAAAGAUGAUUUGUUACUGAAAUAUGAUUUUGAAUUAGACGAUUUUCAAAAAAGGUCAAUUAAUCAUUUAAACAAUUUUAAACAUGUUUUUGUUGCUGCUCAUACAUCAGCUGGUAAAACUUUGAUAGCUGAACAUGCAAUAGCAUUAUCCAUAAAACUGCAAAAAAAAGCUAUAUACACAAGCCCUAUUAAAGCAUUAAGUAAUCAGAAAUAUAAUGAAUUCAAAAAUAUAUUUAAAAAUGUAGGAAUAAUUACAGGAGAUGUAAAGAUGAAUGUAAAUGCUAAUUGUAUAAUUAUGACUACUGAAAUUUUAAGAAAUUUAUUAUAUUUAAAUGAUAAUAUUAUCAACAAUAUUCACUGUGUUAUUUUUGACGAAGUCCAUUACGUUAAUGAUGAAGAUAGAGGUGUCAUAUGGGAAGAGUCCAUUAUUAUGCUACCAGAUCAUGUCCAAAUUUUACUAUUAAGUGCAACUGUUCCAAAUUAUUUAGAAUUUGCAGAUUGGGUAGGUUUUACAAAAAAAAAAGAAGUAAUCUCAAUAUCCACGAAAAAAAGACCAGUUCCCUUAUUACAUUAUAUAUAUGCAUAUGAUUCAAUUUUUUUAAUAAUGGAUGAAAAAAAUAAAUUUUAUUCUUCUUCAUUUAAAGAAAUAUACAUUAAAAUAAGAGAAAAAGAAGAAGCAAAUAAAAAUCAAAAACAGUUGCAGUACAAAAAAAAAAGCAACUAUGAUCCUAAAAACAAUGUUAUUCAAAAUAAAAAUGAGAAUGAUAAUGUGAAAGGAUAUUAUGAAUAUUGUAAACAAAAAAGAAAACAAAAAACAUUUUUUAAUGAAGCAAAUAUGAAAACAGAAAUACAAAAAUUGCAAACACUAAUUAAAAAGUUAGAACAAGAUAAUAAACUUCCUGUUGUUUUAUUUUGUUUCUCAAGAGUUAAAUGUGAAACUUACGCGAAAUGUAUGCCUCAUUUAAAUUUUCUGAAUAAUAAAGAAAAAUCAAAAGUGCACUUGUUUAUUAAAGAAUCUAUAUCAAAACUAUGCACACAAGACAGAGAGUUAAAUCAAAUCAAAAAUUUAAGUAAAUUAUUAGAAAAAGGAAUAGGAAUACACCACAGUGGACUAUUACCAAUUUUAAAAGAAAUUGUAGAAAUUCUUUUUUCAAAAGGUUUAAUAAAAGUACUUUUCGCAACUGAAACAUUUGCUAUGGGUAUUAAUAUGCCAACAAAAUCAGUUGUUUUUACAUCUAUAUAUAAACAUGAUCAUGUAAAGAAAAGAAUAUUAACAUCAUCAGAGUAUACUCAAAUGUCUGGAAGAGCCGGUAGAAGAUCAUCAGAUAAAUAUGGUUAUGUAUAUAUUUUUUGUUGCGAUAAUAUUCCUGAUCAAGUACAACUAACAGAAAUGAUGAUGCAGAAAGCUGUUAGUUUAAAAAGUAAAUUUAAAGUAACUUAUAAUAUGAUUUUAAAGUUGUUAAUAAACAAGCAAAUUAAUAUAGAAAAAAUGUUAUUUAGUUCAUUUUUAGAAAGUUGUAGAGCUUUACAAAUUCCAUUAUUUAAAAAAGACUUAAAAAGAAAAAAAAAGUUGCUGCAAAAUAUAAAAGAAGUUGAAUGUAUUUAUGUAAAUGGAGAAGAAACUCCUCCUAUAGAAAAUUAUGUGCAAAUUGAUUAUAAAUUGAAACAUAUUGGUAUAGAUUUACAUAGAAAAUUAUUUAAUAUGAAGAAUAGUAAUUGCUUUGUUAUUGGAAGGGUAAUGUUAUUAAAUAAUAUUGGCAUUCUUCAUAGUUCCGUUUAUGCUAUAUAUAUGGGAUGUGAUAAAAAUAGCAAUAAAAAAAAUGAUAAAGUAGAUUUUGCUCAAAACAGCAUAUUUUUUCAAAAUGAUAAUGAACAGAAUGAAUCAAAUGAGAGAUUUUUUUUUUUAUUUAUUUUGCCAGACUAUAUGACUCAUGAAGAUUUGCUGUUACAAAUGAAUGAUUCUGACAAGGAAAAAAAUAACAAUGAUAACAACUCCAAAAAUAAAAAUAAGUCAAAUAACAACGCAAACCACUCAAAUAUUAUAUCAGAAAAUAUAAACUUGUAUGAAAACUAUAAAAAUAUUUUUUCUAAAAGAAAAAAUAAAAAUGAUAUAAAAAUUAUACAUCAUUCUUUUUUUAACACUGAUAUGAAUAAAAAACAUUUCGUUUUGUGUUCAAAUAUAUGUAUUGAAAAUAUUUCUCUUAUAACUAAUACUGUAAUAAAAUUAUCAAACGUUAAAACAACAUCUGUCCUAAAUAACCCCAAAAAUUUAUUACUAUAUACCCUUGAACUUGACAGGUUGAUAGAAAAAGAAAAUUUUGAACCAAUUGUUCUAACAAAGGUUCUAAAAGCACUUAAAUGUGAAUUUUAUUCUGUUUUAAUUAAUCAAACAGAUUAUUUAGAAAGCUUGAAAAAGUCGAAGUGUUACAAUUGCAAUUUAAAAGAAAAACAUUAUGAAUUAGUAUGUAAAAAAAAUGAUUGCUUGAAUGACAUUGAAAAUAUAGAGAAAAAUAUAAAUGCAAAAUCUUUAAACCUAUACGAAGAUAUGGAAGGAAAACUUAAUGUCUUAAGGCAUUUUUCAUUUAUUGAUGAUCAAAACAAUUUAACAAUAAAAGGAAAAAUAGCAAGCUAUAUUACUUUAACUGAUGAAAUUACAUUGACACAAGUUAUUUUUGAGAAUCUUUUAAAUAAGCUAAAUCCACCGGAAAUAGCAGCUGUUUUAUCAUGCUUUGUUGCACCUGAAAAGAAAGUUGAAGAAUCACCCGAUUUAACUGUGAAUUUGCAAGAUGUCAAAGCAGCUUUAACAAAUAUACAUAGCAAAUUUGAAGAAUUUUAUAAGAUAAUUCGCCUAAGAGUAAGUUCAGAAGAACACUGGAAAUUAUGUAAUUUCAAAAUAAUGUUUAUUGCCUAUAAAUGGGCUCUUGGGGUAUCUUUUGCUGAAUUGUUAGAACAAACGGAAUUAGAAGAAGGUCUAAUAGUUAGAUCUAUUUUACGUUUAGAUGAUUUGUGCAGAAAAGUUAAAAUAGCACUUUUAUAUCUCGGCAAUAUUGAAUUAGCACAAAAAGUUGAAGAAACAUCAAACCUUCUAAGAAGGGAUAUUAUUUUUGCUACAUCAUUAUAUUUACAGUAA